GUGAAUAGUCAAAAUUAUUUGCACGUGUCGGCGUGCGUGUAAACAGACUUCAAAAACACUGACAACACGUCAAUAAUUUUGGUUUCCGUAUUUCUAGAGUCUUAAGGAAGCGCCAUUAUGACUUUCCUUAAAACAUGGGAAGAAUUUGAACGGGCGGCGGAACGUCUUUAUUUGCAAGACCCUAUGAAGAGUCGAUUUACCAUGAAGUAUAUUCAUAGCAAGCAGGUCUUAUGUUUAAAAAUGACAGAUAACAAAGUGUGUUUGCAGUUUAAAACUGACCUAUUACAAGACGCUAAAAAAGUAGAAAAGUUUACAAACAACCUUAUGAGACAUAUGGCUUCAUAAAACACGACUUUCUUUAUUAUAUUAUCACAUCUUUGAUGAAUUGUGAAGCGUUCUGUUGCGUGGGGUAUCUCAUAAACACAAAUUGAGAAUGGAAACAAGGAAAAAUUGCCUUUGUGUGUUUUGUAAAUUUUCUAUGUACUCCAGCGUUGAGACUGGUUGAAUUUUGUAUUUGAAUGUUUGUUCCCAAUAUAUUUCUGUAUCAUAUCCAUUAAAAGCUCUCAUUGUUUAUUUUCAA